AUGUCGUCCGCCGUCGCAGCCAACGUCACCGCUGCUGGUCAGCGUGCUGGCAAGAAAGCAGCCGCCACAGCCAAGCCCAGCAAGACCGAAACCGUUCGAUACUCGCACCGCAAGGCUGCCACCUACGAUGAGAAGGACAUCCCUACCUUUGACGUGCCCCAGUUCACCGUCAAGGACCUUCUUUCUGCUAUCCCUGCUCACUGCUUCGAGCGCUCGGCUUUCAAGUCGUUCACAUACGUCUUUGCCGACUUUGCCAUGAUCGCUGCUCUCGGCUACGCCGCCAGCUUCAUCGACCCCACCGUCGCAAGCACCUUCUCCGGACUCAAGUCCAACGCCGUUUCGCCGUACGUGUCCCUCGGCGUCCAGCAGGCCGCCGUUCGAUUCGCUGCCUGGUCUGCCUACUGGAUCCUUCAGGGUAUGGUCUUCACCGGUGUCUGGGUCAUCGCCCACGAGUGCGGCCACCAGAGCUUCAGCACCAGCAAGACGCUCAACAACGCCGUCGGCUGGGUUCUCCAUUCGGCUCUGCUCGUGCCCUACCACUCUUGGAGGAUCUCGCACGCACGCCACCACGCCGCCACCGGUCACCUCACCCGUGACGAAGUGUUUGUCCCCCGCACUCGCCAGCAGCGCGGCCGCCUCCCCCUCCAGCCCGCCCCUCAGUCCGCCGACGACUCCAACGACGAGGACGCCGUCGAGAAGGAGGUUGGCGCCUCGGUCCAGGCUGAUGAGACCUUCGGCGAGUGGCUCGCUGAGAUCCUCGAGGAUGCCCCUGCCUACAACCUGCUCUACAUCUUCAUCCAGCAGCUUCUCGGCUGGCCUCUGUACCUGCUCCGCAACGCUUCCGGCCAGCUCCACUACCCCAAGUUUACCAACCACUUCAACCCGGAUGCUAUCAUCUUUGACAAGCGCCACCGCACGCAGAUUGUCGUCUCCGACAUCGGUAUCGCCGCUACGCUCAGCGCCCUCACCGCUUGGGGAAUGCUUUCCAAGGGCGGCUUCUCGGACGUCUUCCGAUACUACGUCAUCCCUUACUUGUGGUGCAACAACUGGCUGGUCAUGAUCACCUACCUCCAGCACACCGACCCUGCCCUUCCCCACUACAAGGCUGAGGCAUGGACCUUCCCGCGUGGCGCUCUCUGCACCAUCGACCGCAACUGGCUCGGUCCCGUCGGCCCUUACUUGUUCCACGGUAUCGCCGAGACCCACGUGCUCCACCACGUCUCGAGCAAGAUCCCUCACUACAACGCUUGGGAGGCCACCGAGGCGCUAAAGGAGCGUCUCGGUCACCACUACGUCAAGAGCACCGAGAACAUCUUUGUCUCGCUCUGGAAGAGCAUCAACACGUGCAAGUUUGUCGACGAGAACGACCAGGUCGCUUUCUACCGCACUGUUGACGGUGUUCCUCACCGCGUUAUCUCUCCGGACAGCACCUACGCUUCCGACUCGGGCAUCGCCAUGUCUGAGUAA